AUGUCCAGCCAGCCAGCGUCGUCGUCUUCCAAAACAGACCUGCCGCCUCCGGUGGUGUCUCUUGCCUUCAGCAAUGCGUAUCUUCCAACAAAUUACGAUCUUUCGCUGGAUAUCAGCUCCAAGGCGAACUAUAUGGGUUUAGUGGUGAUGGAUCUGGCUCCUAACGAGAGGGCCUCGGUUUCUGGUUCUGAUCCGUUCCAGCUGGUGCUCAAUGCUGUGGAGAUCGUUGUCACGGAUGCGUACCUACUAACUGACUCUCAACACAAGCUCAAGGUGGAGCAGAACAGGAAAACAGAGACCGUCAAGUUCUGCACAGACGUGACUUUUGACAGUCUCAAGAGCCAACAUUUGCGACUCCGUGUGCACUUUAUUGGCGUUGUACGCGGCAUUGCGUCCAUGAGGGACUUCACCAAGGGUGUUUUCAAGACCAAGUACAAGGACGGGGCAGAUGACCGGUACAUUAUCUCGACACACUGCCAGCCGUCGUUUGCCCGGCUGAUCUUCCCCUGUGUGGACGAUGUGCUAGUGAAGACGAGUUUCAAGCUGUCGCUGACAGCGGACGAGAAGUUCACGUGUGUGUCAAACACGCCGAUCGAAUCAACUACCAUGAUUGACCAAGGCCGCCAGCUCGUGAUUUUCGAGGCUUCGCCGAAAAUGACCACCUCUGUGUUCUCGUUUGCGGUCGGCGAAUUCGAUUUUCUGGAGGAAAAAAUCGAUCUAUCCGAGCAGAAGAACUUCCCGCUACGUGUGUACACGCAGAUCGGCGAGUCUGGCCGCGCCAAGCUUGCGCUGGCAACCGUUAAAUCGACUCUGCCUAAACUCGUGCAAAAAUUUGGUGUUGAGUACCCAAUUACGAAAUUUGACGUUAUUGCAUUGCCGUUUUUGAGUGACGGCGGAGUUGAGAAUUGGUCGAUGAUCCAGAUCCUCAAAGACCAUCUUCUCACUCCGGACUCGGCGUCGCCCGCAGAGAUGUUGAAAAUCACCUCCAUGAUUAAAAACGUCCUGGUCCAUGAAAUGGUGCACAUGUUCAUAGGCGACCUGGUAACAUUCGAAAGCUACGACUAUACGUGGCUCAACGAGGCGUUUGCGACUUUCAUGUCUAACACGAUACUGAACGAGGAAAGCGACGACAACCAGGUCUGGUUCGACCAGCUCGUUAACGACGGCUUCAACAUGAAAAGAUACCAGGGACUCGACAACAUGAAACCUAUUCACACCGAAAACGUCCCAGCAGACACUAUUCAGAGCACUUUCAGCAAACACUCGUACGACAAGGGCAUUUUUGUGCUGCGGAUGCUGGCCGGACUGUUCAAUGAGACACCAUGCGAGAAUUAUGACAAUUUCUUCAGUGCGGUCGGGGACUUUAUCAAUAAGAACAAGUACGGCCUGUUCAAACCGACGGAUCUGUGGAUAUUUCUCAAGAAUCAUACUCUGAACAAGUUCAAGUACGAUAUCCCCACAAUCAUGUUUUCGUGGACCAGAACUGCUGGAUACCCAAUUUUGAAAGUGAGCAAACACAGCGAAAAGCUGCUGGUGGAACAGCAUAGAUUUUUGUACAACCCGGAGUCGAAGGUCGAGGAUGUUCCGUACCAGGUGCCGCUGUUGGUCAAGCAUUCAAACGGGACGUAUGCUAGGUACAUGUUGUCGGAUAGAAGGCUAGAAAUUGACAAUUGUUUGCUGGUGAAUGCCAACAACAGCGCUGUUGCGACGGUGAAGUAUUCUUUUCCUCAAUACGAAGCCAUUGCUAAGAAUCUUGAAAAACUGAGCAAUAUCGAGCAGUGUCAGGUUGUUCUCGAUUUGUCGACUGUUUUCAGCGAAAAGUACCAGGACUGCGAUGACAUUCUGGGCUUUGUGGUGCUGAUGAAUAAAAUUGUCCAAAACCCGAAAAUUAUCAACGCCACGGCAUUCAACACGGCACUGUCGCUGUUCAACACUCUCACCAAAUCAAUUCUGUCAGUGAGCUAUUUUGACGACCAGAACACGUACAAAACCAUUGCCAAAUGGGAAAAUACGACUGUCAGCAGUCUUCUAGCUUCGUUUGAGUGGGACGGGCUCGAUUUCAGACAGUUGCCUGCCACGGAGCUGACUGUGCGUGCCACCCUGUUGAAGCUGGAUUAUUCGAACGCGCAGUCUCAGGCAAUAGCGAAAAAACUGUACAAACAGCUGCUGCACGGGCCAAAGGGUGCCGUCCCGAUCAAACUUGUGGCUGCGGUGUUGAACAACGUCCAAGCCGGUGGCUCGGCCAAGGAAUACAAGGAGAUCCUCGGUAUAGUGAAAAAUCCAGACUCUGUCAGCAACCACGUCUACGAAGAGCACAGCACGGCCGAUGUGCGGACGGCAGCAUUGACGUCACUGGGAUACGUGACUAAGAGCGAUCUGCAGCAGAAAACACUCAACUACGUGCUGAACAACAUGGACGUGCCGUCGGUGGAGCUGGCUCUGGUGGGCCUCAAACACCAGCCUGAAGCGUUUGCGACGAUAUGGGUGUGGUUCAGCAUGCACUACAACGGCUUCUACGCCAGAUUUAUCAAGGAUAGCAAAAAUCAGAGCUUUAUUAGAACGUUCCGUGGCAUUGUGCAACUGGUGUUUGAGAGCUGUCUGUGCAGCAAGGAGUUGACGGACAAGCUGGAGACUUUCCUCAAGGCGAAGAAGUUUGAGCCACUCAAUGGCGAGUUCCAGCGUGUUCGAGCUGCGUUUGCCGACAGACUCAAGCUCAACGAGGCGAAUAGCCAGCUAUCGCGGGUGAUUGCUGCUUGAAAAUAUUCGUUUGUUUGUGGCCGUACACCGCGGAAAGUAGCGAGUCAUCCCAUGUUCCGGCUCCCCUGCGCGCGUUACCAACACCGAUUUUGACUGCCAUUCGAGCAGCGACGACGCGGCGCAAAUACACCUCAAAAAGCAGUCUUGUGAGCAGAUACUCGUUAUUCCACAUGUCGUCAUUUUGUCGCAGAUACGGCUCCAGGUCACUCCAGAGCAUGCGUUUGUCAAAUAUUUCCCGUUUUAUUCUGUUGUAGUGCUCUGAAUUUGACUCUAGACUGAUUUCUGCCAUCGUGCUCAGCCUGUUGUACGGCGUGUUGUACUGGUAGCAGGAUUUUGGCAGCGACUUGAUCUGCGGGGCCAUUUCGAGCUUCGUGAGGCUCUGUAGCGACUUGGUCAAAUGUCGUGGCAGCUCAACAGAAUGUGGUGUCAUGUAGUCCUUGAUACUCAUGUCGGUGGGGUCUAGAAACAGCUGGCGAUUGGUUACCCUAGUCCUGGCUACGGCGUACUUGAGCACCGGGUUGUGCUCGUACUGCGUUCGCGGCGGCGAGAGAGUAUAAGACAUCAUGUAC